UACACGCGUGCGGUUCGCUUUGGCUUUGGCUCCUCCCUCAGCCAGCAAGAAAGAUUCCCAACGUGAGUCCCGUCUCCGUCUACAUAUUCGUGUGUGAAGAGGCUCUUUGAGACCGCAAAAGGAGCAAAAAAGGAAAGUGCAAAGCGGCUGCAGCAGAGGCCAUAUUCGCGCAAACACAAACAAUCCGUUCGGGUUCUGGCCAAGUUUUACGGCCUGCCAGUGCCAUUGCAAGUGCCAGAGUCCGAUUCCGAGUCCGGUGUGCGGCGGCGGCGGGAACAAUUUUUAAGUGCAAAGCAAAACAAUGACGACAGCCAAAUGGAUUUGGCGCUUGCUGCUGCUGAACGUCUUGCUGGUUCUGGGCGCCGUGGCCGCCGAGCCCACCCGUGGCUAUCAUCGAGAGAUAUGCCAAUACCGCAAGGGCAAACUGAUCCAGCCCAUGAGCUUGUACCACAGUCGGCUGCUGGCACUGCGUGAACAAAUGCAGAUACGCGCCUCACUGCAGGGGCCCGAGAUCUAUGGAUAUAUACUCCCCUCCACCGAUGAGCACCUCAACCAGGAGGUGGCCGCGCGUGAUCAGCGUUUGCACCAUCUGACCGGCUACACGGGUGUGCGCGCCUUUGCCGCCAUUACGCACCAUGGAGCGGCCAUGUGGCUGGAGAAGCGCUAUGCCCAGCAGGCGGACGGGGAGCUCGACUGCGACUGGGAAAUCUAUUUGGCCAACGGCAAUGUCAGCAUCGCGGACUGGCUGGGCAGCCGCGUGCAUCUGGACAAGCGUGUGGGCGCCGAUCCGCAUCUGGUGCCGCACUACCUCUGGGCGGAGUGGGAGCGCGAGCUGGAGGACAAGUUCCUGAAGCUCGUGAAGGUCAACAACAAUCUGGUGGAUCUCAUUUGGGGUGCAGAGCGCCCCGAGCAGCCCAAGAAUCAGGUGAUUCAGGUGCAGGCACGCGAAUUUGCGGGCGAGAACUGGCAGGACAAGAUCCGAGAGCUGCGACGUCGCCUGGCGCAUCUCGGCUGCGAUGCCAUGGUGGUCACAUCGCUGACUGAGAUUGCCUAUCUGCUCAACAUUCGUGGCACAGACAUACCCUACACGCCGGUGGUCAAAUCCUAUGCCAUUGUGAGCCAGGACGACAUCUUUUUCUAUGUGGAUCAUGGCAAGAUCAGCCUGGGCAUCGACCUGCAUCUACGCACGGACUGCUACAACGAAGAUUGUGUCAAAAUCAAAGAAUAUCAUCAAAUCUGGAGCGAUAUUCGCACCUAUGCUCAGAUCUGGAAGCGUGUGCUCGUCUCGGCGCCGUGUGUGCAGGAUCUGGGCACCUCCGAGGCCAUUUACUCCUCAAUGCCGGGCAAAAUUGUGGUGGAGUACAUCUCGCCCAUCAUUUUUAUGCGAGCGCAGAAGAACUCCGAUGAGCAGGCGGGCAUGAGGAAGGCGCACAUACGGGAUGGCGCUGCCAUUUGCGAGUCAAUGAGCAACAUGGAGGCCAGAUUCCAGACGGAGCAGUGGACCGAGGAGAAGAUCAAGUACGAGGUGGAGCUCUGGCGUCUCUCCCAGAAGCAUGCCAAGGGGCUGUCCCUGCGCACUGUUGUGGCCUAUGGCGAGCACUCGGCCCUGCCCUACUACAUAUCCAGCAAUGUGACCAAUAUCGAGGUCUCCGAUCAGAGUCUGCUGGUCAUCGAGUCGGGUGGACAGUACCUGGAGGGCACCACCGAUGUCUCGCGCACUUUUAUCUUUGGCGAGCCAACGCAUGACAUGAAAAAGGCCUACACGAGCGUCCUGGCGGGCAUUCUGCAUCUGGCACAGCUCAAGUUCCCCGCCGAUCUGAAGCCCUCCGAGGUGGAUGCGCUCGUGCGUAGCAUGGUGUGGAAGGACAUGACGGACUAUCCGCAGGCAACAGGACAUGGCAUUGGUGCCUAUGGUUCAGUGGAGGAACCACCAAUAUCCGUGGCAUAUGGCAAGAACAGCAGCUUUCACUUUAAGCAGGGAUAUUUCUUCUCCAGCGAGUCUGGCUACUACAAACGCGAUGACUUUGGUGUGCGCCUCAAGAACGUGCUGGAGGUGGUGGACACCGGGCACAGGCAUCCAAGUGGCGCACAUUUUCUAGCAUUCCAGGACGUCACCUUGGUGCCGUACGAGCCCAAGCUGAUAGACAGCACACUGCUCAGCGCUGUGGAGAAGCGACUGCUCAACGAUUACAAUGCCAAGAUCCGAGAUGAGAUUGGCAACGAGCUGAAGCGACUGGGCAACAUGCGCGCCUUCUACUGGAUGAUGAACAAGACGCGACACAUCCGGGAGUACCUGCCCGAGGAUGAGUACCGUUCGGCGAUCGAAGGCAGCAGCCUCACCAGUCAGCCGCUGAUGCCACUUCUCCUGCUGCUAAUCCUCGCAGCGAUUCUGCAGGCCUGGUCCUAGUUGCUUGUGUGUGUGUGUGUGUGCGUGUGUGUGUGAUGUGUCCGUGUACGUAAUUAUGUAGUUUUAGUUAGCUAUGCAAAUUAAAAGAGAGAAUCUGGGACUAACAACAAGGAAAAUCAAGCAAACAAUUAACUGCAACUGUUAGUAUUUUAGUGAUGUCUUCUGGCCCCGCCCCCGAACCCCAACCCAGCCAAUCCCCCUCCCCCUCCCCCGCAGCUGCCAGGCAUAAGUCCGUUAUGCCAUCUCCACUUAAACCAAAUACAAUACGUAAAACGCAAGUGUAUAAAAUCUCUAAUCGUAAUCGUAACCGACCAAAAAAUAUGUUAAACUGUUUUGCAUUAAUACGAACAAUAUCUACAGACAUAAGAAGUAACCUUGUAUAUUUUUCUAA